CGGUAACGAUGCAAACCGGGCAGCUCGGUGGAGGGCAGUCAAGUCCUGACUCCCUCCUUUUCGCAUAACUGACUCCCCAUGCUUGAUGAGAAGAUGGAAAAGCUCACCCACCUCAUCAUCGUCUUCUUUGGGACCAGAUAUGAGGGCCUGGAGGACUGUUCCAAAUUGUCCACCAGUUCGCAGCACAUCCUUCCGACCCAGCUUCUCCAAAAGAAUUUUGACAACCACGCGGUGCCUGUUAUAGGCUGCCGCCUGCAGCGCACCGGUAAUUCCCUCACCUACGAUGGUAGGGUCAGCGCCUUGACUUAGGA